GAAACAUUGAAGGUCCCCGCCAUCUCACCCACAUUGCAUGUUGCGAAGCACCUUUUACGGGUUGCUUUCUUCGUUCAGAAAACCAGGGACUCAUCAAAGAUAUGAUGGGCUCAACUCGGUAAAUUUCCACAGCCUUUUUGGCUGUGUUAAUCUACAUUUUCGGUACUACCUCUGAGUUGUUCUCUUGGGUGCCUUCAACCGCCUCAUCCUAAGUCUUGCUCCAAGUCGCGAUGGCGCCAAAGAAAAAGGCCCUCCCGAAACCUAAACCAAAUGGAAACCAGAAAUUUCCCGGGCCCAGUGGCCCGGGAGAAUCUGCAUCCAGGACACACUACCAAGAGCUGCAAGGAAACGAGGUGAUGGUGUUGCAGGCUAUCUAUGGGGAAGACUUUACUCUUCACAGUGGUGCGCAUAGCGCAUGGCAGAAAUCCGAGCCAUCCUUUGACAUCAGAAUCAAGGCUUCCUCGGACGAGGACUUCGCUAUGACGCUGGGCGUGGUUCUAGUUGCAACUUACCCAAAGUCUCCACCGCUCUUGGUUAUGAAAAGUGACGGCGACCUUCGAGACUCUGUCAGGUUCAAGAUUCGCACGUUCAUUGAGACACAGCCGAAGCUGUGGGCUCAAGAAGAACAGGAGAUGAUUGACCGCAUCGUUGAAGGGGUCCGCGAGAUCUUAGAAGCCGCUGCGCUGAAGAAGGCGCAGGGACUGGAACUUCCAUCUCUCGAGGAAGAACGAGCGGCUCACGAGGCUGAGCUAGCGAGGCAAGCUCAGACUGAAAAGGAGCUUGAGAGGCGCAAGAAGCUCGAGGAGAGCAAGGAAGAGGAACGUGUCCUCGGAGACAUGGUUCAAGAAGAGCUCAAACGGCAGAGGACUAAGGCCAAGGAGUCGAGGAAGAAGAACAGGAGCCAGCGUUUAUCUCCUGAUCGUUCCACGCAGGACCUUGCGGAAACCGAUGUUGCCCUGGUGUUCGAUCAGCCAUGCAAGUUGACCGACGGAACCGGCAACGCCCUCUACUUCCAGACGGUCAUCGGAAGGCAGGUCUACCGUGAGGGUCCGGUCACAACGGUAUACAAGGUCAAACCAGUUCUGUCUGCGCGGACCCUACGUCCCAGUCUUGCUCUCAAGCAGGUGGAUUUGAAAUACAAUGGCAAGGACUCCGCUUUGUUCAAGAAGCAACUCCAAUCGUUGGAAGCGCAGCUAGAAUCGCUCAAGAAGCUGCGUCAUCAAAACCUCCUCGAGCUCAUAGAUUUCAAGAUUGACCGCUCGAUUAGCGAAACCGACUCGUCCUCGCCUGCGGUUUGGAGUAUCAGUGCUUUGACCCCUCUCAGCAACAAGGGCCCGCUCGACGAACUCCUGGAUCUUGCUGGUCAAGUAGAUAUCAGCAAAGCCAAGAUAUGGACCGCUGAUCUUCUAGACGCGCUGGCGUUCUUGCAUAACCAUGGUAUCGUUCAUCAGGACAUCCAUCCUGGGAACAUCCUGCUCUGCAGGGAAGCAGCUGGGGAUAUUGUCCCUAAACUUGCGGAUGCAGGUUAUCAGAGGGAACUGCAUAACAUCUGCACUAAGGUAGCUACUCUGACUACUACGAGAGCAGCGAAGUCGGCGUACUGGUUCCCACCCGAGAUUGCUGGCGUGUCGAAACCGCAAUACACGCAAAAGACGGAUGUCUGGGACUUUGGCAUAGUUUUCUUACAGAUGCUCUUUGGCCUGGGCGUCGCUGACAAGUACCACUCUCCGUCGGCCCUUAUGGAGUCACUUUCGCUGUCCGAUCCGCUAGAGGAGUUAGUCGCCAAGUUCUUCAAGUCUGACCCGAAGAAGCGGCCUCGAGCAUUUGAGCUGUGUUCUUCCGAAUUCCUGGCAACCAAUUCUCCGAUUCUGGCCGAAGACGAACCUGCCAUGAUGAGCGGUUCCAUGAUUUCUCAUUCUCAGGGCGUGCCCCGGAGGCUGCGUCACGAUUCCAUGAACCGGAGCGCAGUCACCUCAAGGUAUCUUCAAGACUACGUAGAAGAGGCUCGUUUGGGCAAGGGUGGGUUUGGGGAGGUGGUCAGGGCGAGGAAACUGAUCGAUGGCCGCCUCUAUGCAAUCAAGAAGAUCACGCAACGAUCGCAGGAAACCUUGUCAGAGAUGCUCAAGGAAGUUAGGCUUCUUUCGCAGAUGAACCACCCUGCAGUGGUCCGCUAUUUCAAUACUUGGCUCGAGGAGAUCCCUGAUUUCUCCGACACCGACGGGGAUACGUCCACAGAAGGAGCUACUACCGAGGCUUCAAGAGGCACAAUUUCUCAAGCGAUUAACAUUGAAUUCGCCGAAAGCAAGAGCCGAGGUCUCGAUUUCAUGUCGUCAAGUGGGCAUCCAUAUAUCGAGCUGGGAUACGAGUCCGCCAUUGAGAGUGACGACGACGACGACGAUGACGACGACGCAGGAGACAGCGAUGCGUCGGCAUCGGACGAAGAUACUUCUACCUUAAAUAGCAGGGCUCCGCAGGAUCGCUUGGCUGUCCCCAACAAGCGCGUGAGGAUGGGAAGCACUCGCCCUUUUCGGACAAUCAUGUACAUUUCCAUGGAGUAUUGCGAAAAGCGCACCCUCCGCGAUUUGAUUUCCCGAAACCUGUAUAAGGAGACGCAGGAAAUCUGGCGUCUGUUCCGCCAGAUCCUCGAAGGGCUGGCUCAUAUCCAUAGCCUCAACAUCGUCCACCGGGAUCUGAAACCGGAGAACAUCUUCAUCAGCGCUGGACCAGACGGGGUUGAAAACGUAAAGAUCGGAGACUUUGGGUUGGCAACAAGCGGGCAGCUGGCUCUCGACAAGAUGCCGUCCAGCAUGGAUUCAGGCGAGAUGACCAGGAGCAUUGGCACUGCCGUCUAUGUCGCCCCAGAGGUGAGGACUGGUGGAAGCGGCUCGUAUACUGCCAAAGUUGACAUGUACUCCCUGGGCGUCAUCUUCUUUGAGAUGUCGUAUCCUCCAAUGCUUGGGAUGCAGCGCGCUGUGGUGCUCGAAGGCGUACGUCGGAACCCACCAACCCUUCCAUCAGACUUCAAGCCAGCCGACAAGAACCACACCGAGGUCAUGCUAUCACUGUUGAACCAUAACCCGAAGGAGCGACCUUCUAGUGUUGAGCUGCUCAAGAGCGGGAAGAUGCCGGUUCAGAUGGAGAGUGAGGCGCUACGGCGCGCAAUCGCCGAUGUGGCGGAUCCCAGCUCUCCCUACUUCGAAAAGAUGAUGAGCACUCUGUUUGCCCGCCAAAUCGAGCAAGCAAAGGAUUACGCCUGGGACAUGUCCAGUUCGACCCCAAGCCCGGCCGACCUGAUGCGUAGGUACAUCGUGAAGGACACGCUGAUAUCGAUUUUCAGACGCCAUGGCGCGGUCGAGGCACCAACUGCAUGCCUUUAUCCCCGGUCGUCACAUUACGGCCAGGCUGCCGUCCACCUGCUGGACCGAAGCGGCAGUGUUCUCCAGCUCCCCUUCGAUUUGGUAAUGGGCCAUGCUCGCUCCCUCGCCAGGAUUACGAACGGCCAGGUACCACAACGCUCGUAUUCCUUCGGCAACAUCUUUCGAGACCGCCAUGACGGCGGACAGCCCGACGUCUAUGGUGAGGUCGACUUCGACGUUGUCACCACGGAUGCCUUGGAUCUUGCCUUGAAAGAGGCAGAGGCCAUCAAGGUGCUGGAUGAAAUCAUCGCUGCAUUCCCGACCACGUCUUCGACGCCGAUGUGUUUCCAUCUCGGACACUCGGACCUUUUGCAUUUGAUCUUUGAGUUCUGCGGCGUCGAGGCUGGUGCGAGACAGGCUGCGGCCGAGGUACUCAGCAAGCUAAACAUCCGGAAUUUUACCUGGCAGAAAGUCCGUAGCGAGCUCAGGUCGCCCUUGGUAGGUAUCUCGGCUACCAGCGUCGAUGAGCUGCAGAGAUUCGACUUUCGAGACACGCCGACUAAGGCCAUCACCAAGUUGAGGAAUCUCUUUGAGGGGACAGAGUACCUCGAGAAGGUAUCGUCCACCCUGGCGCAUUUGAGGGAAGUCUACGAGUACACCAAGAAAUUUGGUGUCUGUUGCAAGAUCUAUAUCGCCCCGCUGAGCAGUAUCAACGAAUCGUUCUUCCGUGGAGGCAUCCUCUUUUCUUGCCUCUACGAUAAGAAGGUUAAGGAUGUCUUUGCAGCGGGUGGCCGCUACGACGGCCUGAUCAAGGAGCAUCGCCCCAAGAUUGGCAGCCGAUUCGAGGAGCGACAUGCGGUGGGCUUCAGCUUGAACUGGGAAAAGCAACUGGCCAAGCAGGUUCCGAAGACGACCGGGAAGGCCUUCCUGAAGAAGGCGGUCGAGGAAGAUACCCAAGGGAUAUUCAGCGCAAAACGGUGCGAUGUGCUCGUGGCCAGCUUCGACCCAUCCAUUCUCCGCUCUUCCGGCAUCGAGCUCUUGCAAACGCUCUGGGCACACGGCAUCAGCGCCGAGCUGGCCCGUGAUGCACGCUCACCCGAAGACCUGCUCUCGAGCUACCGGGACGAGUCUUACAGCUGGAUCGUCAUCAUCAAGCAGGACAAUCUGCUGAAGAUCAAGACCAUGGGACGCAAAGACGCGCCCGACGCGGACAUUGCAGCCAAGGAGCUCCUUAGCUGGCUCAAAUCCGAGAUCCGUGACCGCGAGUCCCGGUCAGGUACGCGAUUCCGCAGCACGGCCGGUGUGCCGCACUCCGAGUCGGCCAACGCGAUACCCACCGCGGCGGGCGGCGAGCAGGAGCACCAGCAAGACGUGCACGUGCUGGUUGCGCAGACCAAAUCCAAAAAGUUCAACCGCCGCGCAGUCGUCGAGCAGGCCCAGGCCAGCGCCUCCCGGCUGGUGCAGUCCUUCCUCGAGGGCCCGAUCGCCGCGAUCGAGACCUCGGAUGUCGUCAUGGACCUGAUCAGGGGCACCAGCCUGUCGGAUCCGGAGAGCUGGAAGAAGGUGGAACACAGCGUGGGCACAGCGGAAAAGAACUAUGUCAGGGAGAUCCACGAGAUGCUCAAGCAGUGGCGCUGGGAGUUUGAGGCCAAAAGCGGACCCGGCAACGCUUUUGUUUACAAUUUCAGAACGGGCAAGUGUGUGUACUAUGACUUAGGGGCUUAGGCGGCCCCGUCGUCGACGACGACGCCCUCGAGGAAGGAGAGGCGAUGGUCUUCGGUUGGGACGUGAUGGGGGAGGCAUCUACCUAUUCUCUGCUCUACUCUGCUUGGGGUUUCGGCUGUUUUGGCGUUUGGGUCAGGGAUUGCUUGCUUGCCUGGCGUGGUUGCAUGCAUUGGCGACUUACCCCUUGUUGUUUCUCGUUUUCGCGUUGCUCAUACUCUUGUCGGUUUGAUACCCAGAUGAUCAGUCUGAUCUGGUCUAGAUUGCGGGGUUGUAAAUGGGAAUCGGAUUACCGAUACUUUGACCAAAGCAGAGCUGGAGAGUAGCGGCAGAGGGAGUUCGCCGCAGGUGGGUGCUGACCCGGUCAUGGCCAAGGAGGCCGGGUCUGAGUGCAUUGUUCGCCACCUGGGCCUUUUUCUAAGGCCAUCUAUUCAUUGCCGGUGAU